AUGGCUGUUACAACUGUUGAAGGAGUUGGUGAUAGGAACAGACUGCAUCCAAUACAGGAUGAAUAUUACCAUGCAUACCGUACAGAUACUCCCCAUCGUCGUGACGUCACUAUUGACGUUGUCAGCGCGGGAAUGAAAGUUACUUUUAAAGAUGAUACUAUCUGUGAUCUUAACAUUAUAUUCGGUGGUGUCGGAAAAGAUGUAGCUAUGACAAUCGGUGAUAGACUUGCAAGGUUGUCGGGAAGUGUAUGGAAUGAACAUUUACUACAAUGCAUGUUGAAUAUCGUAGACGAACACGCAGAUAUGAUAAAAACAUUUGAAAAAGAUUUCAAACAAGGAGUUAUGAAAGGUUUUGUCUUCAAGUUCUUCCAUGCCGUGUUUUUGGAACGAUAUGGAACUUUGAGCACGGGACAAAUAGGACUGGGACCAAGUGUACCAGCGAGGGGAACUCAAAAAUGGCAGCGACAUAUUGACAAAAGCGUUGGACUUUCAUGCCAUCAUACAUCGUCAAUUCAACAAACAACUGGGGAGGCGCUCUUUAUUGAUGAUAUCAUACCACGUAAAGACGAACUCUUCGUGUCGCUAGUGACGAGUACACGAGCACACGCAAAAAUAAAAUACAUAGAUUACAAAGAAGCCCUUGAACUCACUGGAGUAAAGUAUUAUAUCGAUGCUGAUGACGUGCCUGCUAGGAAUGCUAUCGGCGCAAACAGUGCAGAAGAAGUGUUAUUUGCUCGCGAUAAGGUGACUCAUUGUGGACAGAUAAUUGGAGCCAUCAUUGCAGAAAGUAGGGAAAUUGCAAGACAUGCUGCUAAACGAGUUGUUGUGGGAUAUGAGGAUCUCAAACCUAUAUUAACAAUUGAGGAUGCUAUUGAAGCCGAAUCUUACUUUGAUAUGUUAAAACUUGUUGACGGCGAUGUCAGUAAAGGUUUUACAUCAUGUGAUCACAUCAUUGAAGGUGAAGUGAUGCUGGGCGGCCAGGAACAUUAUUACCUGGAAACACACAUAUCUCAAGUUAUCCCGGAUAAUGGUGAUCAGACAAUGGUGGUGCUAUCAUCAACACAAAACCCAUCUGGUGUACAAAGUUCUGUUGCCGGCAUUCUCGGUUUCCCCUGUAACAAAAUAAUAAGUAAAUUGACGAGAAUUGGCGGUGGAUUUGGUGGGAAAGAAACAAGAUCAGACAUGUUUGCUUGUAUAUGUGCUGUUGCAGCUCACAGGGCUAAACAACCAAUGCGAUUAGUUUUAGAACGCGAAGACGAUAUGAAGAUUAGCGGUGGUAGACACCCGUAUCUCGCCAGAUACAAAGUUGGUUGUACUAAGAAUGGAAAACUAUUAGCAUUAGAUGUUCAACUUUAUUCUAAUGGUGGACAUUCUCUUGACAUGACGCCGUAUGUAAUGCAAUAUGUGUUAUUGGACAUUCCAAACUGCUAUAUUAUUCCCAAUGUACGACUGCAAGGAUUUAUGUGUAAGACGAAUCUACCGUCAAAUACAGCUAUGAGAGGAUUUGGAUGUCCACAGGCUGUUUUUAUUACGGAACACAUCGUGACUGAUAUUGCAAUUAAAUGUAACAUAUCACAGCAAAGGUUUCGAAAAAUUAAUUUUAUUGGAAAAGACUUUGUUACAAAUUAUGGUCAGAUAGUUGAAAACUGUAACGCAAAAAGAUGCUUUGACGAAUGUGUCGAGAAAAGCAGAUUUCAUGUGAGACAGGAUCAGAUACAAACAUUUAAUAGGGAAAACAGAUUUGUAAAGAAGGGAAUAUCUGUUACUCCAGUGAUAAUGGCAGUCGGGUUUCACUGUAAACUUUUGAAUCAGGUCAUGGCAGCUUAUAUGGGCGGUGUUAGUUUAUCCGCUACUGGAUAUUAUAUAGAUGAAGAUAUUACAUUGGAUUUUAGGACAUUCAAGGGAAUCGCAUCAUCAAGUUUUGUGUGUGGUGCGGCCUGCUCAGAGGUUGAAAUUGACUGUUUAACUGGUGAACACCGGGUACUUAGUACAGAUAUUGUAAUGGAUUGUGGACGAACUAUCAAUCCGUCUAUUGAUAUUGGACAG